AUGGUCUAUUACUUCACCUCCAACGUGGUCGAUCCUCCAGGUUUCAUCUAUGUCGGCAAGGACAAGUUCGAGAAUGAGGACCUGAUCAAGUUCGGCUGGGAAGAGGAUAUCUGUGCGCAUAUCUACCUUCGCAUGCAAGAAGGCCAGACAUGGGACGCCCUCCCUGAAGAUCUCGUCAUGGACCUUGCUCAGUUGACAAAGGCCAAUUCCAUCGAGGGCAACAAGAAAGACAACGUCACAGUCAUCUAUACACCAUGGUCCAACCUCAAGAAAGACGGCAGCAUGGAGGUCGGCCAAGUUGGCUUCAAGGACCCCCGCAAGGUGAAGCGCAUCCUGGUCCCCCAGCGCGAGAACCCUAUCGUCAACCGCCUCAACAAGACAAAGGUUGAGAAGAAGCCGGACUUCAAGCAGGAGAGAGAUGAUCGACUCAAGGAGCUGCGACGUCGUGACCAGGCAGCUUUCCAAGCCAGGAAGAAGGAGGAGGCUCGGCAGGCUCAGGAGUGGAAGGAGAAGAAGUGGCAGAAGGACCAUGCCUACGAUGAUAUCUUCACAGAGGAUAACAUGGCUGCUUCGAGUAACCAGGACCGCGAUGAGAACUGGGAGGACGACUUUAUGUAA